AUGCGACUGAACUCGCUCUCUCUAUUUCUCAUUCUUGGCUCCCGUACAUACCUUUCAAAUGCGUCUUUGAUCGACGACAUUCUUGACGGCCUGGAAAAAGCUGUAACCUGCGUAGGCUGCCAUGCUUUUCUCGUUCCUCUACAAACACUCGCGUUUCUUGGUGACAAGGCAUUCGGUGAGACCUUUAGCACGGUCUGUACCACACUCAAGCUGCAAGAUCCCGACGUGUGCAAAGGUUCUAUAAUCGGCGGUCCUGGCAUCAUUUUGGCACAAGACCUGCGGUCAAUUAACGUGUUCGGACAAACUGCAACAAAACUCUGUAAUGGAAUUCUUGGCGCUUGUCCCUCUCCUCAGAUCAACGAUUACGCUGUGCCUUUCCCGAAGCCCGCACCUACGACCCCAAGAAACUUUACUUCUAAAGGAAGCCAACCUUUUCAAGUUGUUCAUUUCAGCGAUGUACAUAUUGAUAGACAGUACACGGUUGGGUCGGAGGCAAAUUGUACCAAGCCCAUAUGUUGCAGGAACUAUGCAGAUCAUACUGGUCCAGUCCAGAUUGCAGCCGAACCAAAUGGCAACAGGAAAUGUGAUACACCUGCCUCACUUGCCCAAUCCCUUCUUAACACGAUAAAUGCCGACCACAAGUUCUCGAUUUUCACUGGGGACCUUGUCGAAGCCGCGAUUUGGUUGGUCACCGAAGAGGAAGUUACGGACGACAUUGAAAAAUUUAACGAUCAGAUAGGAAACACGCUUCAGGCUCCUGUAUUCCCAACAGUUGGAAAUCAUGAGGCGGCCCCAGUCAACUCCUUCCCGAGGAACACAACCAAGGACCAUGCACAAGAUGCGCAGUUUGUGUUCGAUACAACGGGCACUGGCUGGGAGAGGUGGAUUGGAGACACUGCUGCUGAUCAAGUGAAGCAUCAAUCGGGAAGCUACUCAAGGGUGGUUCCUGACACGAACCUGAUGAUUAUCUCGAUCAACACGGUGUAUUGGUAUAAGCUCAACUUCUGGUUGUACGACUCUGACAGUCAACAACCGGAUCCGAACGGAAUCCUGGGAUUCUUGGUCUCUCAACUUCAAGCAGCUGAAGAUUCAGGUCAACGAGCAUGGAUUAUUGGCCAUAUGCCUCCUGGAAUCCCCGACACUUUCGAUGACCAGUCGAAUUAUUACGACCAGGUCAUACAACGAUACAAAAACACGAUCGCAGGACAGUUCUUUGGACACACCCACGCGGACGAAUUCGAGAUCGCUUAUUCGGACUAUGAGAAGCGUACGAAAGACACCGCGACUGGUGUUGUGUGGAUUGGUCCUGCUUUAACGCCUAGGAGUGGCAAUCCUGCCUUCAAGGUAUACGAUGUUGACCCAGACACGUACGAGAUUCUGGACGCAAAAGUCUAUUCCGCCGACGUAGACGAUCCCGAGUUCCAGACUACACCGAACUGGCGCUUGCUCUACAGCGCUAGGACGACCUAUGGUCAACUACUGCCGUCGCUUAUCGGCGCUGCAGACCCACUGGGUCCAUCGUUCUGGCAUCAAGUAACAGAGGGCUUUGAAAGGGAUGACGAAGCGUUCCGGACCUAUCAGCGGUUUAAAACGCGGAUAGGUGCAGGGGAAUGUGUCGACGACAGCAUGGGAGACAACUCGCGUUACCAAGCAUGCAAGAAAGUCGCAAUAUGCAGCUUGCGAGCAGCGCGGAGCCAAGAUAAUUGCGUUAUACCCACGCCAGGUUUGCAUCUCAGCCGGAGAGAUGCGGAAGUGGUCGCUGGUCCUGCUUCUCGAGAUAUCGCUGUUUUACCUCGAGAAUGUGCUGGAUCGGGACUGGGACAGGUGUUACAGCAGUUGACCUUGAUGGCCGGUACUGGCAAGUUGGACGAUUCCAAGAAGUCACUGCUCAGAGACAAGUUGAAACAGGUAUUACCUACUGAGGCGAGUGCGAAUUAA